AUGAUACAAUAAAUAAAUAAUUAUAUGUUAAUUCGUGGAAUACAAGAGGCUAUUUAAGUGAUUCAGAGGGCGCUUCUUUUCAAGGACAAUUAAAACAGUUCAGAAUCAUUCAACGGAAUGAUUUUACAGCUAAAAAGAGAGGGUUUAAAAGAGGCCAAAAGAGCGGUCUAUCAAAACAAAAACCUGUUGCUCCCGCAGAGCGAAAAGUAAAAGUGGGAAAAACCUAGUCAUUGAAGCGGAAAAACUUAAAGCAAAGAACUAUAAAUUCCAGGAAAUCACCAUCCACUCAAAAGACUUCAGCAGCAAACUUGGUUUUGGGCCAUGGGCUAAACAAAUUUAAAAUUAAAACGCUGACGAAAUCGCUGAAACAUGAUUCAGCUACGCCUGCGCAGUCUCGUUCUGCUGCAUUUUAUAGCCCUGGCCAGCUCCGAAUAUGUCUACGGCGAACCCGAGUUCAAGUGCCCCAAAAAGUCCAAUGUCUUGUACCCCUGCGAAUGUGUAAAGGGCAGCGAUAAUGGCCUCUAUAUACGCUGUGAAAAUACCAAUUUGGCCACUUUGUCCGUAGCCCUUCAGAAUUUGGCCUCCUUCGAAAUGCCCAUCGAGGAGCUGACCAUCUACAAGGGACAUUUCGUACGUCUAUAUGGCCCUCUGUUUGCUCAUAUCAAGGCACGUUUCCUGAUCAUUGAGGAAACACCACUGGCCACCAUUGAGGAUUAUGUCUUUUAUGGAGUGAACAACACAUUGGAGCAACUGCACCUACUGCGCACAAAUCUAAGCCACGUAGGACCACUAGGAUUCGGUAUUCUUGGAAAAGCAAAAGAACUUGUAAUCGAUGGUCAUGCCUUUGAGCAACUGCCUAAGGAUCUUUUUGCUGGCCAAGAAAUUGCCAAUAGCCUAGGGACCAUCAGGGUUACCAAUGGAAACCUGAGUGAUCUGCCUAUUGAAACCUUCCAACCUUUGCGAAAGCUAAAAACGCUUGACUUGCACGGCAACGAGUUGGAGAACCUGAAACGCAAUCAGUUUAAGAACCUCAGAGAACUAGAGGUUCUGGAUAUUAGCCACAACCAGAUCAAAAAGCUGGAGGCGCAGCACAUAGCUGAUCUCACAAAGAUGGGAUGGUGCAAUGUUUCCCAUAAUGCCUUAAGCGAGCUAAGUCGAGGAACCUUUGCCAGAAACUCUGUGCUUAAAGUGCUCCAUUUGUCCCACAACAAAAUUUCUCGUCUGGAUGCAAAUAGUUUCAGGGGAAUGCGUUUCCUGCGACGACUUUUCCUAAGUGAUAAUGUGCUUACGGAUAUUGGGCGCGGUACUUUUGGUUCGAUCGCCCGCAUUGGAACUAUUGAUUUAGCUCGAAACCAACUGAAAAAGGUCGAAUACCAGAUGUUUACCCAGAUGAACUAUGUGGAGUUGCUCGAUUUGGCGGAGAACAACAUAGCCAAAAUUGAAAAGAACUCGUUCAAGGACAUUUACCAGGCUGUGAUAAACGUCUCGCACAAUGCUUUGGAACUUAUAGAAACAGCUGCCUUUGAAAACUGCGUAAACAUAACGGUUCUUGACCUGUCCCAUAAUCUCUUGACCAACUUUUCGCGCCGCAGCUUCGAUGAGACCACUUUUGCCACCUAUUUUCAGCUAAGCUACAAUAAUCUCACAAACUUAGCGCAGAUUCCCCUUCAAAAUAUGACGGGCUUGAAAGUAUUGAAUGCCUCGCACAACAACAUAGCCGAGAUACCCAAGAACUGUUUUCCGAAGCUCUAUGAACUGCACACUAUUGAUGUUUCGCACAACAACAUCUCCAGCAUUUUUAAUGGAGUUUUUCAAACCCUGUUUUCCCUACGAUCCAUUGAUCUGAGUUAUAAUAGCAUGCGGGAGGUCAAGUCCUCCACUUUUGGCACUUUGCCAACCCUCUUGGAGAUGGAUCUCAGUCAUAAUGAAUUGGAGGAUCUCUCUCGAGGAUCUCUGGCCAAGUUGACUAGCCUGCGGCAGCUGUACUUGAAUAACAAUCAGUUGGAUAAACUCUUCCAGCUGCCCAUUUCCCUGAAUGAACUGCAUUUCAGCCAUAACCAACUGACGGAAAUUCCUGCGGGCACCUGGCCGGUAAUGAACUCACUUAUUUAUUUAGAUCUUAGCCAUAAUCAAUUAGGUGAUAGCCUGAAUGGUCUAAGUUUUACGGGUCUAUUGGUCGUGCAACGUUUGAAGCUGCAGAAUAAUGGCAUCAGCCAGCCACCACGCGAGGCAGUAGCUGUCAUGUCAACAUUGCAGUAUUUGUAUUUGGAGAACAAUAACAUUACCACCCUUGAGCGCAGUGCCUUUGGCAAGCUGCCAGUACUGUUUGAGUUAAAUCUGUAUGGCAACCAAGUUACGGACAUAAGCAAACGAGCUUUUGAGGGCCUGCUGCAGUUGCUUACUCUAAAUCUAUCAUCCAAUGGAAUCCAGCAGCUGCAAAAUGACAUCUUUAUUGGCCUACCCUCGCUGCGAAAUCUUGAUCUGUCCUUUAACUCCCUCACCAAAUUGGACAACAAAACCAAUGGCGUCCUGGACGAUUUACUCAGUUUGGAAACCUUGGAUUUGAGCCACAAUCGUAUAAGUUUUGUGACCAAGAAGACUUUUCCCUCACAUCAGUACAUUCCGUACAAUCUGAGGAACCUGAACCUGAGCUACAACCGAAUGCCCGUGCUUACCUAUGACAUUACCUUUGGGACCAAGAAGCUGUUUAAGUUGGAUGUGUCCCACAACCAGAUCAACGAUCUUAGGAGAGGAGUUAUUUCCAAUUUCACUUCCCUUCAAAGUCUGGACAUGUCCUACAAUGAGCUGGCAAAUCUGGCAUCUGAGGAGCACAUCUUCGACCUGCCACAAAACCUGAGCAGCCUGGAUCUGUCCCACAAUCAAAUCUACCACCUGCCCUUCGCCAACCUGGUGAAGGUUAGCUCUUUGAAACAUGUUGAUCUUACCAACAAUAGUUUGGAGGAUAUUCCCGCCUCCGUAGUGAGCAGCAUGCGGAAUGGUAGCCAAGUGCUCCUUGCUGCGAAUCCCCUGCACUGCGGAUGCAAUGCGCGCCCUCUGAAGUACUUUAUGCUGCAGCAAACGGUGCCCAGCGAGGAUUUGCAGAGCAUCUACUGCGGCACACCAGCUUUGAUAAAGGACAAGCAGCUUAUUUCUUUGGAAGAUGAGUACCUGCACUGCGACGAGGACGAGCGGGAGAGGUAUAAGGGCUUUGACUAUGAACAGCUUACCGAUGUCCGUUUCCGAGAAGUGAAAACUACCAAAACUGGCUUGUUGACCCUAAGCUGGUAUGUGUCCGGCACUUCAGACGUCGCAGACUUCCAAGUGUAUAUCCGCAGCAGCAGCAACGAGGUGCUAUACCAAUCGGAUUACGCGUACAACAAUCGAACUGCCCAGAUUUCAGUGGAAAAACUCGAGGAGCUUGGAGAAGAUAAACUGCGUGCCGCUGAAAUAUGCAUAUUAUCCCGGGAUAGCGACGGCAACAUCCGCAAGUGGUUCUCCGGUCAGUGUCAGCAGCUGCCAUCUCUCAAGCGUCCCAGGACUUUCUUCUUCGGAAACUUUCAGGUUAGGGGUGGAGUUUCCAGUACUUCCAGCAGCCUACCUCACUGCCUUUUGUAUAUAAUACUCGUGUUGUUUGUUGCCCGUUUGUAUUAAGAUAUUAUAUUAUACAGUUCUUAUCAAUUUUAUCAACAUUAUUUUGUUUAACUGUUGUUAAAUUUGUAACCGAUAGCCAUUUACAUAUGUAUAUCCAAAAAAGCUUUGGCAAAAAAUGUUGCCUGGUCCUUUACAAAAGGAUCAAGGUCCAAACUAUUCUCUAUGUACAAUAUAUUGUAUGGGUACAAAUUUGUCAACAGUUAAACAAAAAAUUGUUUAAGACAAACACAGAAUUUCGAUGUGAACUGUACGAAAGAUGUCCAAAUUCGAACUUAAAAUUGUAUACAUCCCA